AUGACAGCUUAUAAUGUAUUAUAUAUAAAGAGCUAUGAAAACAAGAAGUGCUCUCUCGAUGUUCUGAACUGUGUCAAUCAUAUUCAGAAAUCAUUAGAUCGUGAGAUGGCUCUUAAAGGUCCUAGUUAUUUAGCUGGAUUAUUUCGUCUAACUCCUCAAAUACAGUCAGGGGUUUUUGAAGCCAAACAACCAAAACCGAAAACAUCUUACGAGUCAAUACAACACAACGAAAGUCAAACGACCUUUUAUCGUAGUAUUCCGUCCAUAUCUGAUGACCCGAAUUCCCAAGAAUCCUUACAAAUAACUUCUCAUGAGGCCCAAAAUGUAUUCAAUGAAAAGAUUCCAUUAUGUAUCAUUACACAAAUUGAUAGAAAUUUACCAUGUGCUAAAACAAUGAGAUCUGAAUAUCAUCAUCAGCAAGCAUCAACAUCUCAUUCUACAUAUGAGAAUAGAGAUUAUAUAAAUAGUUGUCGUUCUUUAUUAUCAAUAUCUAGUAACAGAGAAAUUAGCAAUAUUGCACCAUCCGUUUUAAAGACACGAAAACACAAGUUGUUAGUUGAAUAUCAAGAAGCGUUAGAACCAAUAACUUCUAUUGAUAUCCCAUUGGAAUAUGAAGAGAAACUUAUUUCUUUAUUGAAAUAA